AUGUUCCGCCAUUUUCAGAUGCCCCCUCCCCCGAAUGGGAAUGCCUCCCAUUCCGAUACCACUGGAAGACCCAAGGAUCGUACUCGCCGGGCAUGCGAGCGCUGUCGCCAGAUGAAAAUCAAGUGUGACGGCGUCUCUACCUGCAAUCACUGUCGUACCUCCUUCAAUGAAUGUGUGUAUCCGGAGCCACGGCGCAAGCGCAAAGCUUCCCCGCAUUUCGAUCGUCUGCAGGAGUUGGAGAAGAGGGUCAAGGCGAUGGAGGAAUCCUAUCAGACCAUUUCUGCCACCAAAGAUUCAUCUCAGUCCCCCAGCUCGGCGACGCAACACCAUCCCCCGUCAACCGCCGGCGUCAAUGAUGUCGGCCACGACCCGACAGAUGCCCAGCCUCAGGCCCAGUCAAGCCAAGGAGAAGCUCGCUUCGGAUUUUCAUCCGCCGACCGUGCUUUUAUUGAGCGCCUCAAGGCGGAGCUGGGAGACUGGCCCGGCGCGGACUUCGACAGCCGGCUACGUAUACGAGAGAAACCCGGGGUGAAAUUGUUCCAGUCAGCCAACCCGGCACCGCGGGUCGUCUGCUUACCACCCCGUGAGCGAGCGGAGCACCUAAUCAACAUAGCGCUGGAUGCAAGCGUCCUCUAUCAUGUCGUGCACCGACCCACGUUUGACUCGGCGUUCGAACUCCUCUACAGCCUGGAUCGGAGCGACUAUGGGGAAGGGGAAAUGCGCCAUAUCCCGCUCGUUUAUGCCCUCAUGGCCUUGGGCUGCCUGUUUGAGAAGAUCGGCGAGGGCUCUUCGGAAAGCGGGGACGACAUGACCGCGGAGAGAACGAAAUAUUUCUCCACAUGCCGUGAUCUAGUGGAUCUGCACGACUGCAAUGAUAUCGUUACCUUACAAGCAAUCUUCUAUAUGAACCUAUUCAUCUUGAGCACGGAGAGGCUAUCACCGUGCUAUACAUGCCUGUCACACGCAUUCUCUCUCGCCGUUCGCAUGAAUCUCCAGCUGCCAAAUACGAGGGACAAUCUAAUCGUCGCCGAGAUCAAGAGGCGACUUUUUUGGUCUCUGCGACAAUUACUGAUGGUCGUAGCCUCGAUGUGCGGCUAUCCGCGGCCGAUCAACAGCAACGAAGUCGACAUCGAACAGCCGCUAGAUCUGGACGAUAACGACCUUAAGUCGACCAGGAUAUCGCAAGCCUUACAAGACCCGGCACUGAUUCGGAGUAUGUCUGGAUCUGUCGCGCUGUUGAAGCUCCACAAUAUUCUGGAUCGAAUAGUUCGAGAGCUUUAUCCGUCAGGAGGCGUCCGGCGCAAAACCAACAGCGGAUCCAUGAGCCACCGGGUGAGCAACGACAUUGUCACGCAGCUCGAAGCGGAGCUGCAGAAGUGGUCCACAUCGCUCCCACUGGGGUAUAAACGGGGAACAAGUCGAUACGCCCCCCACUUAGAGAAGGCGAAAUACGAGCUAUGGAUGACAUAUGCACACGUCCAAAUUCUUCUAUAUCGACCGUUCCUGCACUACUUCGUCGACAGCACCGAGGGGAACGGCCAUGCCGAACACGGAUUUCACAAGUACGCCUCGGCGUGUGUUGACGCCAGCCGCAAUCUUAUCCAUUUGACCGAGGAUAUGCACCGGGACGGUCUCCUAUAUGGAGCUCACUGGAGGAUUGCGUACAUGGUCUGCACAGCAGGUCUAUCAUUGAUAUAUGUGGUGGUGGGCUCUAAGAACCCGGACACGGCAAGAAAUCUCAAGAUGGAUUUGAACACAGCAAAGAGAAUGCUGAUGUGCCUCACCCCUUACAGUUCUCAUUCCCGUCGCCUGCAUGUGGCAUUAACGGUACUGACAGCUACGUUCACAAAAUCGGAUCACGGCUCGCAGUCGCAAAGUCCGAAUGACACCGCCGAGGCAGUUGCGGAUAAAGCCAGCGAGCCGUAUACGGGACCGACGACAAGACAGGGUCAUGCUGCAUCACCUCAGGGGAAGCAGAAAUAUAACGGUCCUGGAGCGGGUGAAGUGGUUGCCCCCAGUUCAGGGUCAUUCACGCGCGGCGUGGAGACGCAUCCUUCCCAGUCUAGUUCGGUCGAAGCAUACGGCAUGAUUCCUGUAUCACAGCCUCCGUUAUCUCAUUUAGAUUCCACCCCGGUACCGUCAGGGUAUGUGGUUCCCCCACUCCAACCAGGUGCGCCAUGCACGACUAUGCCAACUCCGGCGCCCGAAAACACCACUCCCCAGACAGCUGAGCGAGUUAUGGAGGCGCUGGCCGGGGCUGCUGCCACUUAUGGACCGGAGCCAGGGCUCGGAGAUCAGACGUACUACCUGGAAGCGCGACCCUUUAAUUUGCAACGACCUACGGAAGGCGAGGAUUACCUGUUCGGGAGAGAGUUUGGGGAAUUUGACGGGAUGACGGGGGAUUUACUCAGCUUCGACUAUCUAUUUUAG